GUGAAAAGUUAUUAAAGUUGAAAAAUAUUCCAAUUAAUGAAGAAUUGGCACCAGGAAAUUCCACUUUACAUUCAGUAGCAUAUAUUAGAAUGGCAAAAUGUUACAAAGAACUUGGAAAGAUAGAAGAAGCAGAAAAAUUGAUCAAGAAAAGAGUUGAAUUAGAAAAAAAAGUAUUGAAACCGAAAGAAAUUGAAAAUAAAUCUGAUGAAUUAGAUGAACAGAAAGAGGGAAAUUCUAACAAUAUUGAAAAAUUAAGAUUAGAAGGAAAUGAAUAUUAUAAACAAGAGAAAUAUAAAGAAAGUUGCGAGAAAUAUUUACAGGCAUUAAAAAUAAAUUCAAAUCAUUUAUUAAGUCAUUCUAAUUUAGCUUUAGUAUUAACGAAACUUGGAAAUUAUGAUGAAGCACUUAAGCAUUCAGACAAAUGUAUACAGUUAGAUUCUAAAUGGGCAAAAGGAUAUUAUCGUAAAGGUAUUUUCUGUAUAUCACAAACUAUUUAA